GUCCUUAAGGGUCCUUCCUGCCCUGAGCCGCUCCGCCAGUCUCCUGACGUAAACCGACCACCGGAGAAAAAACAGUAAAUUAACCCGAAAUCCUCCUCGAACCGACCGGGUACCGGGAGUCAUGAUCGGCGGGAAGACCAGCGCGCUAGCCGCGGGGGUGUGCGGCGCCCUGCUCGUCGGUUACUGCAUCUAUUUCGACAAGAAACGACGCAGUGACCCCAACUUCAAGAACAGGCUGCGAGAACGGAGGAGAAAGCAGAAGGUGGCCAAAGAGAGGGCAGGCAUGGCAAAGCUCCCGGACCUGAAGGACGCCGAGGCGGUCCAGAAGUUCUUCCUGGAGGAGAUCCAGCUCGGGGAGGAGCUGCUGGCUCAGGGCGACUACGAGAAAGGCGUGGACCACCUGACCAACGCCAUCGCGGUGUGCGGUCAGCCUCAGCAGCUGCUGCAGGUGCUGCAGCAGACUCUGCCUCCGCCCGUCUUCCAGAUGCUGCUCACCAAACUGCCCAGCAUCAGCCAGCGUAUCGUGAGUGCACAGAGUCUGAGCGAGGACGAUAUAGAAUGAGAGGAUCGAGAGGAAUCGACUCCUCUUCCUCCUCCUUCCCUCGUGUCUCCAUGACGACCUGCAAAAACGCCUCGGCCUCCAUCGCUCCAGGCCGAUGCGCAUCACUUCCCACAUCAAGGCACCCUAAAGAGAAUUUAGUAUUUUUUAUUCCUGGUUUAUCCGACAAGUCGGUUUGAUAGUUUGUGGUUUUUUUUUUUUUUUUUUUUUUUACUUAAAUGACCUGUUUUUGGGGUAUCAUAACAGCCAGAGACAUACAAAGAGCCCCCCCCCUCACACACACACACACACACACACACCCCACUCCCUACGUCAUUCGGUACUGGUUGAUCACCACAACCAAACCAAUCUGCAGAGAUCCUAAAUGAAAAUCUGCAGAAUUUAGCGGACUGUUUUUCUGUUUGGGGCUGGAGAUAUGUUAACACUAGAGAUGUCACAAUGACAUUUUUUCCUUCCCAAUAGCGAUUCCGAUACCUGAACUUGCGUAUCGUCAGAUACCGAGUACUGAGCCGAUACCAGUAUGUUAAAAAAAUACAUAAACACUCACCUAAAGGAUUAUUAGGAACACCCUACUAAUACCAUGUUUGACCCCCGUUCGCUCUUCAGAACUGCCUUAAUUCUUCGUGGCAUUGAUUCAACAAGGUGCUGGAAGCAUUCUUUAGAAAUGAUGGCCCAUACUGAGAGGAUAGCAUCUUGCAUUUGAUGGAGAUUUGGGGGAUGCACGUCCAGGGCACGAAGCUCCCGUUCCACCACAUCCCAGAGAUGUUCUAUUGGGGUGAGAUCUGGUGACUGUGGGGGCCAUUUUAGUACAGGGAACUCACUGUCAUGUUCAAGAGACCAGUCUGAAAUGAUUGGAGCUUUGUGACAUGGUGCGUUAUCCUGCUGGAAGUAGCCAUCAGAGGAUGGGUCCAUGGUGGUCAUAAAGGGAUGGACAUGGUCAGAAACAAUGCUCAGGUAAGCUGUGGCAUUUAAACG